ACCACCUCAUCCGGGGACCUGGCACCGUCAGGCGAGCAGUCGCCAUUACGAACGCGGCUCGGAAUAUCAGCCCCGCUCCCGGGAGCGGAAACACCCAGCCCCCGACACCCGCCUGGGCCCCAGACCCCGGGCCGUGACCCACCGAGGGCCCUCCUGCUCCCGGAGCCGCCCAGCUCCUCACAGGCCCCCCGCCUGCCCCCCGAUUUCUCUGUUUCCAGGCCCCCCGCCCGGUGAUUUCUUCCUGUGUCGGUCUCUCUCUCGGAAGAUGUCGCCAUGAGUCCCGCUCUCCGCUGUCCGCCGCUCCUGAACGCCAUGCUCUUGGCUUCCAGCUGCCCCCCGAGCCGUGCUGCCCCCCUGCUCCCCCCGGCCUAUGCCCCUGAGCUGCCCCGGCUCUGCGGCAGACAUGGAGCCCGGAUCCAACAACAAGAACCAGAACCGCUCGGGCUCCGCUGGACCUGCCGGGGAGUCUAAGCCCAAAAUCGAUGGGAAAAACGGCAGUAGCUCGAAACAGCGCUACAGCCGAAAACGUGAAAACCCCAAAAAUGAAAGCUUCACAAGUCAGCCCCGCCGCUCCGGCCCACAGAAAAGCAAGACUUUUAACAAGGUUCCACCUCAAAGAGGAGCCACCAAACAGUAUACAUAUGGAAGGAGGGAAGAGGUAGCAGAAGCUCAAAGGGCAGAAUUUAGCCCAGCCCAGUACUCCGGACCCAAAAAGAUAAGCCUAAACCAUCUUCUCAACUUCACUUUUGAACCACGUGGCCACCCAGGAACCCAUCGUGAUGGCCAUGCAAACUGGGGGCGGAGAAAUAAGUGGGGACACAAACCCUUCAACAAGGAGCUCUUUCUGCAAGCAAACUGCCAAUUUGUGGUGUCUGAAGAUCACGACUAUAGCGUCCACUUUACAGAUCCUGAUACUCUUGUUAGCUGGGACCUUGUGGAACAAGUGCGUAUCUGUAGCCACGAGGUACCAUCUUGCCCGAUCUGCCUGUACCCUCCCAUUGCAGCAAAGAUCACUAGAUGUGGACAUAUCUUUUGUUGGGCUUGUAUUUUGCACUAUUUGUCUCUAAGUGAGAAGGACUGGAGUCGUUGUCCAAUUUGCUACAGUUCCAUUAUAAGAAAGGAUCUCAAAAGUGUUGUUGCCACUGAAACUCGUCUUUAUGCCGUGGGUGAUAUAAUAACGAUGCAGCUCAUGAGGAGAGAAAAGGGAGUUCUUGUGGCCAUGCCUAAAUCAAAGUGGAUUAAGCUUGAUGAGCCCAUUCACCUUGGAGAUGUGGAACAUUCUGAGUUUUCAAAACUUCUCCUGGCCUCCCAGGAUCAGAUACGUAAACAAGUAAUUUGUAAGGAAAAGGAGGCACUCUUGGAGCAGCACAAUGCGGAAAAAGAUACACCAGAGGCCUGUUUUAUAGAGGCAGCUAUUCAAGAUUUGAAGGAUCGUGAAAUCAGUCUCUCUACUUGCAAAUCAAAUGCUGAUGCAGUCUCCAUUCCUAUGGAGGCUUUGAAAUUGGAUGUGAUGCCUGAAGCAAGGCUUCCUGGCCUAUGUUCACAGCAGGUUGUGCAGUAUCGCUCUGCAUUUGAUGAGGAAAUUGAUGAACCGUUGUGUAAAGAACAAGAUCCUGCCCUGGAGGUCACACCAGAAGAGAUGCUGGCUUUGGAAGGUGCAGCAUCUCUGGAAGGAAGUGAUCUUGUACAACCUGCAGAUGGAACGUGUACUUCUUACAACCAGCAGACCACUACCAAUGAAACAAACUCACAUUAUUAUUACUUUUACCAAGCUGAAGAUGGACAGCAUGUGUUUCUCCAUCCAGUGAAUGUACGAUGCUUGGUGCAUGAAUAUGGCAGUCUUGAGCGCUGCCCAGAGAAAAUUACCGCUGCUGUUGUAGAGAUUGAUGGUUUUACAAUGACUGAGGAGGUCCGCAGACGUCAUCGUUAUCUGUGUCACCUGCCUCUUACCUGUGAGUUCAGCAUCUGUGAGAUGGCACUUUUACCUCCAACAGUCUCUCCUGAAACAUUGAUGUUUUUUGCAGAUGAAGUGGAGAAGCGAAAACGCCUGCGUCAGCGGAAGGCACGUGAUGAAAGACGCAGGGAGAAAAGAAUAGAGAUUGAGGAGAACAGGAAGCAGGGAAAGUAUCCUGAGGUUCACAUGGCAUUAGAAAAUCUGCAACAGUUUCCUGCAGUCAGUUCCACAACAGGGAUCCCUGUGCCAGGAGAAAGCACCCAGAUAUCCAUAGCAGAAACACAUGGCUCAUUCUCCCCUUCUCCUAUAAGCAGCAGCCCAGUCUCCCAGAUAGGUGCAGAGUCUCCUGCUGACCGUCUGCUAACCCUGGAGGAGGAUUGCAAGUCUCCUUCCUUUGCACAGAUGCUGAUGGUUGGUAAAGCUAAAGCAGAGUCUUGGCCCAAAGUGGUCCCAAAAAAAGAAAAUACUCUGAUAAACCCAGCUCCUGCAGAUAGUGAUGGGGAGAGUGACAGCUCUGAGAGAGUCCCAGUACCUAGCUUUCAGAACUCAUUUAGUCAGGCCAUGGAGGCAGCUUUCCUAAAGCUGGAUACUGCAUUGCCCACUCCUUCACCUUCAGUUGAGAAAGGAGGGAAGAAGAAAAAGAAGCAGCAGAAACUUCUGUUCAGCACCUCAAUGGUCCACACUAAAUGAGCAUAGCAGCCCUCUAUCACAUCUACCCAAUCAAACUUCUAAUUGUAUCUUAACACUUUGCUUUCAAUCACUUUAUCUGCAGUAUUUAUGGUUGACUUUUUUCCUCCCUCUUUUUGUUUUUGGGUCGUCUGGUGUGGGUUGAGCCAACACACACUAUUAAACAAAGCUAAUGUUUUCAGGGGAAGAACCCUAAUUGGAACUGUAGCGUUUAGUUGGACUGACUUGGAGUGGAGCAGUGCCAUUUAGCUGAUUUAAGGAGGCAAACCGUGUUGGGCUACAGAGCACCAAAAUUUUUUUUUUUUUUAAAAGCUGCUGAAACCCAUGUUUUUCUUUAAAUGGACCUUUAUUUCCUGUUCCAUGUGAUUUGACAGGAAAGGGCCAAGUCCAGUAUGACUUUUUCUUUUUCUCCCUAAAUAAAUUGUAGAUGACAUUCUAA